AUGGCGAGCGCCGGCACUUCUCGUCCGCCGCCCGUCGCUCAACCGCCACCUGCCAACAUGGCCGACAACCGACCGCGCGGCAUCGUAUUGGCGGAGGUCGCUGGCAAGGCGCUGUUCUCCACCAAGCUCGGUCAGGUUGCACCUCGUCCGGUAUCCGAUCCACCCGAGCCAGUGAUUGCGCGCGCACCUAACAUGAAGAUGGAGAUUGAGCACCAGAUCGACCGCUUCGUGCAGCAGCUGCGCGACGAGUUUCCCACUCAGUGCAAAGAGAUCUUCGUCGGUUACUACACGAUCCACGAUUACUUUGACGCUCAUGACAUUCAUCGCCUCGGAGAGAAGUAUCUCGCUUCCGCACUUGACUGUAUCGCGAAGCAAAACAGUACCGCUGUCCAGGACUUCGUUAACGACUGGUGUCCGCGCAAUCAUGACAAGGUGCUGAAGAUCUGCUACGGCACCACGCUCCAAGAGUUGUUCAGCGAAGGCGAAAUCAAGGACCGUGGCGAGCUUUUCUUCACUAUUGCUGUCAUCAGCAUUCGGAAUGCCCUCGAGGCAACCGCUAAGAAGCAGCAGGCACGUGAAAUGGCCCGCACUUGUGCCACCAGGAGUGAAGAUACAAGCGGAAAGCAAGAGGCACCCCAGGCAGGCCCAGAGCCGAACGACCAGAGUCAGACAUACAAAGUCGCACCGGGCCUACUCCGCGUUGGAUGGCGCCAACCCCACUCGUCUCCUGCGGCGCAAGUAGACACUGUUCAGCCCAUUGCGACGACGCGCUCUUCAAGCAUUGCCGUACCUCCUGGUCCUAUCAUGCAGCCCCACGCUUCUCUGCGCAAGAACAGUCAGGCGAACACCUCUGGCCCGGCCACGCCAACCCUAGCCGAACAGACGACCUACUCGUCCGCGAAGUCGAACUCUUCCAGGAAUACGCCUCGGGUGCCGCCCUACCAUUCCAACAUCGGCAUGGUUCCGCCGACGCAUCAGAAGAACCACAGCACGCCGCGAAUGAACGCUCUUACGCCUGGUUUCAUUCCUCAAAGCGCCAUGUGCGCUCCUGCUUCAGUUGGUCAUACUCACGGCCCGCAUUCUCAGACUACCACGCCUCAGGGUAUCGCUGCUCAACUCUACUUCCCUCCCGGUCCGUAUCAGGGCAUCCAUCAUGGUUUCGAGGCUGGCCCAAUGCAUAGGGAACUCAACCCCUAUGCCAAUUUCCCUGGUCCCUACAACAUGCAGUCGAACAAUCCUGACAUGAAUUACACGACACCCCAAGCCACUCCACACAUGCAUGUUGCACAACCCGCUGGAGUUCCCGGGCCAGUCAGCUACGUGCCCAUCCCAGCCUUUACGUCACCUUCAAUGGUACAGCCCGGUCUGGCCAGCAUGACCAACUUCCAUUAUGGAGCAACGGCGCAAGACAUGAGACCGCGACGCAUGUCAGGACCGGCAUCGCGUCAUGACUAUGGCCCGCGCUCCCAGAACAAGCAGUUCGGAAGGGGUCCUCGUGGCGGUCGGCGCAAUUCCGUACGCGGAAACUACAAUGGAGGCAACUUUCGGGCCCCUGCUCCUGGCCUAAUGAGUUCCGCUGGCGACUCUCCUUUCAACAGUAGGCUUCCCGCAAGCAGCAGCGAGCCAUUCCCGGCUUUCUCGCCUCACUUUGAAGCGUCCAGAAUGGCUGAAUCUGGAAAUCCCCCACCUAACAUUCGAGACUUCAAACCUGUUGUAUGGGUUCACAACAUCCACCACUCCCUCAGUCAAGAUGAGGCUGCUAAAGAGCUGAAGUCACACUUCGAGCAUCUACUCAAUAGGCCUGUCAUGGAUGUGAAGGUCAGUACUGACAAGAACAACCACGCUUACGCCCUUAUCACUAUGGGAAGCUUCUACGAUGCGAACCUGGCACUGGGCCUACAUCAGUCUCUCUUCUUCGGCCGCCAGCUCACUGUCAAAGUCCCAACUAAGCAUGAGCAACGGAUGCCUCCGGGUCACGACCUUACGAAAGGUUAUCCGCUGUCCGCACCUCGUCAGCCUGCUCAGACCCCGCACGCCAAUCAGACUGUAUUCAUCAACCCUAACGAACCGGGUGUCAUGGGAACUCUCGACAACUCUCGCAGGCUGUCGGCAUCGGAGCGUUGCGUCUCGGCUGCCACAAGCAACCGGCGUAGCCGUGGUCCUUCUCGUACUUAUGAGGCCUCUGCUGAUAACCCUAUGUCCUACUCACCUCAGGAUGCGCGACGCUUGCAACCAACCGAAGUGUCUAAGCAGGCUACCGGAGACACUACACAGACCUCCGAGGACAAUACACAUGCGGUCAGGGAUGAUACACAGGCUACACAGGCUACACAGGCUACACAGUCUACACAGGCUCCGCAGUGCCUGCCUACUUCUACUACGGCCACGCCGACAGCCGACGUGGCUGUGCAGCGUCCGGAAUCACGCGCUUCUUCUUCAGCAACUUCCACGAAACAAAGGAAGUGGAGUUCCAAGCGCGGUAAAAAGGGAGGCUCAAACAAGUCUAGGAGUGGUACCACAACCCCAGAGCCUUCUACAGCUAGCACCACCGAGCGUACUGCUAUAGUUGGAAGGCAAAGUCCGCUUGAAUCCGCCACGAAGUCCCACCAUGAUGAUGCUGGUCUGGUGGACAAGAAAAUGACGACAAUCCUUCAGCUUCGAGAGCAAGAGAAGCAGCGCAGGCCCACUUUCCCAGAGGGUCAAAGUUCAAACGAGUCAGUCUCGACUCAUGCUACGGCCGAAGGAAAGGCAAGCUUGACCCAAGAAGAUUGCGAAGGCACGAUAGCUGGUGAAGGAAAAGACGGAGGUGUCGUAGACAUGGCCGACACAAACGCAGUGGAGCCAGAGAAGUCAUCCACCAAUCAAGGUAUUGCUGGUGAGAGUGGAACACAGAUCGAUUCUGGUAAGCUGGAAAGGCCAGGUUCCAACCUGCGCCGGGCUGAAGUCGCGUUGCCAGAUAUCAACCUCCACUCUCGCAAGGAGAAGCAAGGCACACCGUCCGCUACAUCAAGCACACGUGUGAGCUAUGCCCAAGCAGCUGCUUCAGGCAAAGCGCCUAUCGCGAUGAUCAACUCUGCUGUUUCCACUCGGUCUCCUGUUAUGGAGCGAGAGGCCGAGAGCAGCUACUGCACCCCUGUAGAGACUCUUCCGUCUCCUGCGAAAUCUGAGACGUCGGCCUUGAUUACGCCGACGAAGGUUACCAUGGGUCAGACAGAGUAUGCAACGCCUGACAAGGACGACAGCUUCGUCACGGUGCUGGAAGAACCAUCUUCGGUCACGAAGGAGGGCAUAACUUUCGCGGAUCUUCUACAUGUGUCGAACGAACAAGCCGACGAUAGUAGCACAAUCUCUCCUGGAGGUGCUGACACUUCUACUACGGCUUUUGCGGAUGAACCUCAGGCGGCCUCGUCUACCAUCGCUGCGAAAGUUCACAGCCAGGCCUCCCCAGCGCAGAUCGGAGAGGCUUCAGCCUCUGCAUCGACAUCAUCGAAGGCCGAGGAUGUCGCAAAGCAUGCCGAGCCCGGUUCCCCCGUCGAGAUCAAGCCCAGCUCUCCCACCGAGACCAAGCCCAGCUCUCCCAUCGAGACCAAGUCUCGAGCCAGCGAGGAUACUGACCAGACAGACAAUCUCGAGACGGGAGGCUCCGAGGUAGCGGGGGGACCAGUGAAGACCGCUCAACCCAGCGGUUCAAUCCACCCGAACGCUCGUUCGAAGAGCGACAAGAAGAAGCAGGCAAAGAAGGGCAAGUCGUAUGGCAAAGGCAAGAAGGGUUCACUCGGCUCCCCUUCGGACGGCGGUUUCGAGCUCGUAGACAUUCCUUCGGGCAAUGACUUUGAACUCGUAGACCCCCCUUCAGGCGACGAUUUCGAACUUGUAACCCCUGCAGACGAAAGUGACAUCAGCACCAAGUCAGACUCAGACGACAACAUGAUCAUAGUCAAGACCUCUGGGACUAUCCGUUCUUGCUAG